UGAGCGGAGGAUAAGUGAGGAGGGGAGAGAGCAAGUGCUUUAUCAGGGGGACAGAGGGAGCGAGAGAGCGUUUAUGCAGGAGGGUUGGAGAGAGAGGGAGAGAGAGAGAGAGAGGGAGGACGAGCGGGUGGGUGCUGUGAAAUCCGUUAACAGGGGAGCUCUGUGCAUUUGUUAGACGUCUUGGCUGCUUGCCCAACUUGGCUCAUUGUAAUCGAGGCAUGAUCGUGGACUCCAGGCAGCCCUCUCUGCCGCCUCGGCUGCCUUGCGCCUGGACCCAACCCAGCUCUUACCGCUGACAUGGAAAGACCCACCUCCAGUGACAUGAUGCCCAAGAGGGAUCAUGAAAGGGACCUGGAGCUGGACAAGAAGAUCGAGGCUCUCCGCAGGAAAAACGAAGCCCUCAUGAAGAGGUACAAGGAGGUGGAAGAGGACAAGAAAAGGGCAGAAGAGGAAGGGAUGGCGCUGCAGAGCCGAAAGGGCAAAGCUGAUGAUCUUACCAUCACAAUCAGCAAGUCCACCAGUGACAGUCGUGUGGUGGUGACGAAGCCUUUCAGCAGCGGCUCACCAGCUGGGAAAGGACAGCAGGAGGGUGGGCCCGACAGAGGGGGAGACGACCCUCCACAGGGGGCAGGACGAGGCCACAGAAAGCAGCUGAUGAUCACCAUGGCUGGAAAAAAGGGUAAGAGGGUGGUGAGUGAGAAGCCAGAGAAGAGGCCGGGCCCUGCAGACGUCAAGAGCCCGACUGAUGAUGGACAGGCGAGGCGUGUGGAGUCAGCUGGGAGGGGGAAGCAGCCAUCUCACAUGACCAAGAGAGACGCAGCAGCGCAGGAUGAGGUUAAACAAGGGCAGAAGCACACAGAGGAGCAUCACAGAGCGUCAGAACAAUGCCAGGAGCCUGAGAACCGGCAAGCAAGCACAGACCUCAACAUCCCCACAUCGAGGGAGGAGCAGGAGGAGUAUCUGCGGUGGAAGAAGGAGCGUGAGCAGAUUGACAGGGAAAGGGUAGCGCGCCACAAAAAUGCUAAGGGCCAGUGGAGACGGGCAUGGGACAUGGACAAAACUGAGAACAUGUUUUCAGACAAAUCCCUCGCUGACAGAGACUGGGGUCCUUCCAGCAGAGGUGGCAGAAAUGCAAGAAGAGGACAACCCAGGUCAGGCGGUGAUUCAAGAGGUCAUGACAAGCGAGGCAAAGACAAGGGAGCUAAAAACGUGCUGGUGAUGAGCAGCAAAGCAAAAGGCAAAGACCGCCUGACUGGGAGGGCCAGGAGAUGGCAGGCAAAUGAUGGAGAGAACCCACAGACUUCUGACACAACGCUGGAGGAAUUCCUUGAGGAACUCGACGCCCUCACAGAUGCCGAUGUGGAGGAUCUGAAAGAUCAGGACGCUAAAACGAAGCUCUCACCCAGCCCAGACUCGCCGCCCGAGGAAGCGAGCAGAGUGUCAGCUGCUAGCUUGAGAGAGGACACCCCCACUCAGGGGAAGUCCGAGGCCUCGUCCCCUCGGGGUUCGGAGAAGAAAGUGCGCUUCUCGGAGGAACUCAUCCAAGGCGCUCACGCAAGGCAAACCGCCGGCUCUCAAGACUCAGAAUCCAGAAGUCCGAGCUCUUUAAAAGCUUACUCACCUAAAAAGAUCAAGCAUGAAGAACAGGCUCUUGAAAGUGCCAAGCAGGAUGAUGGCAGUCCUCAGGAUAAAGGCGGUGGUCCAUCUGCUCCUCCUGUUGAGACUGAAUGCACUAAAAAAGACAGCAACCCCCCCGCAGCUCCCAGCUCCCCUCCUGCUGAAACCUGUGCCUCUCUACAUGAGAGCUCUGUCCAGCCUGUGGAGCUUACCAAGUGCAACAUCAGCAACACAAACACAGAGGAACUAAUAGACUCCGGUCUGUCUGUCCUGAGCCUGGAGUCGGGAGAAACACACCCAACACACUCCACCAGCAGCGACAAGGCAAGAGAGCAUGGGAAGAUUGUUUGACAUUUUUUUGGGAUGUAAAUACUUAAACCAAAACACAGCAUUUGGAUGCAUUAUCUCGCUUCAGGUAGCUCCUUUGAGUUACCCCGCUUACGAGCAAAAACCAUGGUUUCAUUUUUGCUGUGGCGUUUCCCACCUGCUGAAAUUUUAGCUCCAAUUUGACAUAGGAAUGGCGAGAAGUGUUUCUGGACAUUUCCCCGCUCAAAUAUUUUUUACAUCCAAGCACUUUAUGAGUAUAAAAGUCUGUGUACUGACACAUCCUUGAAUAUGUUAGUAUGCUGCUUGAGUGCAAUAUCAUUGAAUGUUUACAUUUGUAUGAAAAUUUCAAGGUACAUAUCAGGAGGCUUACCCUUUCACUUAGGUAGCCCUUGACAAUAAACUAAGCCACAGUCAAAUUUUCUAGUGCCUGAUUCUGCCUUAGAGGUUUUUUGAAUAAGUGAAUAAAGUCUGUAUUAUAUGACAAUACAAUAGCUAUAGACCUGCAGCAGAGUCUGUGUUUCUACACUCUAAACUGUGUGAGUAGAUGUUAUUUAUUAACCGCUUCCAGCAUCAGUCAAUGGCCUUUCACAAAUAAGAAACCAAUACCUUGCUAAAACGCACAUUUGGAACUUACUGUCUUUGGCUAACGACCAGGACACUGUUUCCAAAGUUUUCAAAAUGUUACUACUGACAUAAAUGUUUUCUGUUUUCAAGUACCUUAACGAGGCACUCCACUGAUUUUACAUGUGAAGGUCUUAUGAGUUUACUCCUGAUGAUUAAUGCUGCUGUAUUGUGUCUUCUGUGGCUCUAAAGGAGCUUCAUCAAGUCUGUUAAAGCAACUGAGAUGUUCUCAUACUGAUGUAAUCAAGGUCAUCUGAAUCUGGACAUUAUAGAUUUACAACAGAAAACCUGGGAUGUGGUGUUUACCAGGCAGAAAAGGUUUAAUGAAGAAGUGGUUUUCUUUAAAGGCCUCACUAGCAAGUCUCAGCAGAACCAUAACUAUAGGGUUAAUGGUCACUGAGACAUCAAAGCUGCAACUGAACCUGAUUAGUAAGUGUUUAGUGACACAAAAUACAGUUUGAAAAGGUUUAUCCACAGGUUAUACAUCAGCUACACUUUGUUUGUGUCACUACAGCAAUGCAAUUAGCUUGUUAUUUAGUUCAGCUGUUAUAAAGCAGGCGCUUGGCUUUUUGGAUGGAGGGUGGGACAUGUGUCAUACAAUCACCAUCCAUGGUAUUAUGGGAUUAUCCACAGAUGUCUAUUCAGGACUGAAUAAAUCCUGAAUAGACAUCAAUGGGAGAUUGCAUUUCAAGCCCUAUUAGUUGCAAUAUGUACAUUGUGUAACUCAGUGGAGUGCCCCUUUAAUAAUACAAAAUCCUGCUGUUCAGAGAGACAUCCUCACACAUGAUCAAUAACACCAUAAAACUAAUAUCUGGACACACUGCUGUUGUGCUCUUAAGGUCAGCACAGUUUGACAGCUGAAUCCCAGUUAUCUGGUCUCCCUUUGACUCCUUAUGUUGAUGAUGUUUUGGAUGCUUAAUAUGAAUUACUAUUUUGUCUCUGUAAUUUUACAAAUUUAAGACAUGAAAGUCAAGCUGGUGAAUCAAAAGACAAUCUGGUAGGUAAAAUAUAUAUAUUUUAAUUUGUUUGCUCAUGCUGUUUUAAGCAGUGAUGAGUCCUGAUACAGAAUCAAAUUUUCUGUUGGGUUUUUUAACCUCUGUAGGACCUACUACCAACCAUCCAGGUCGAUGAGACUUCAGCUUUUAGUUUACUGGGAUUCAGCUGUACUUCCUUGUUGGUGUUUUUCAUUUGUUCUGCAUUAUCAUUAAGGACAGCUAAUAUUUUUGAGACAGCUUCCCUUGAUUAAGAACUUAGCCAGUUGUUGUGCCUUGCAUAUUGGCUUCUUCAAAAACUGAAGGUGUACCUUAAUGUCAUGGUUUGUAUCAUAACUGUUACAUGUACUGUGCUGACAGUGAAGCCUCAUUUCUUUUAUUUAUUUGCCUCUCCGUGUGGACAACCGAAUGUUACCUGGAAUGAGUUUGCAAUUCUAAAACUAUUUUAAAACGAUGUCUGUGUUUCUCUGUGCCAUGUAUGGUUUUGUUUUUAUUUAUUGCCUCUGAUAUUUUAUUUUUGGUAUCAAGUGACGACUAUGAUAAUACGCCUUACUAGAAGAGCUCUGUCCUCAAAGACGUUUUUGGCUUUCGUCAAUGCUACAGUAUAGUAAACAGUUAUGUAACCAGUAGUAGAGAACAUAGUGGACAUGCUCUGAGCUGCAGGGCUCUGUCAGCUUCAACUGUGGUUACAUAAAAUACAAAUAAUCAGGAAACUAGUGGAAGCACACUGGGAGAACCAAGCGGCAAACCUGAUGUUUGAAGCCAAUCCAUCCAAUGAGAGAAAAUCGUAUGAGUAGGGGCCUUAUUCUGUAUUAUAUGUGGAUUUUGAAUGACUGAAGGAAACAUCUGUUUGAAAAACAGAUCAUCGAUUACCUCUGACGUAUGUAAAGUUCCCUGUGGGAUUCAAUUCAGUAAAAUGAAAUUUAGGACCUACAAUCAUUGAGACAUUGUAUGUUACAUGUCCUUGUUUAGUACUUGUUUGUUUAGCUGUUAGACAUCUGCAUGAUCACCUUCUUUAAAGUACAAAUUGAAGAGGUGGUUGUGAAUGUCUCGCUGGGUGUGUACCACUGUCCUUCGUGUGUUCACAUACACUCAUAAGGAAGGAACACUUGUGUGUGUAUGUGCACGAGUGUGUGAUCCCAGCUUUUUGCUGUUCAGAGUGCUCACGCUAAUUUGAAUCUGUGUGCAACAUGGCUUCAUUUACUGUAGAGCAGUUUUGAAGGAGGUGUACCGAACAUCAAUAAAGUUUUUCUGUAUUUCAGACUCUCUAA